AUGAUUUAUUUUUCUGACUUUCAUUUUGACCACUUUUCUCUGUUUUCUCGAACUAGGCAGUGGGAUCCUGUUGGUGGCCUGGAAUCUUUCACUGUUGAGCGAAUUUCCAAGGCGCAAGCUUGGCAACGUGCAGGGCGAGCUGGCCGGGAAUCUGCCGGAGUUUGUUUGCGCCUUUACACUGAUGCGCAAUAUAAAUCGAUGUCGAUGUACCCGCAGCCUGAGCUUUUACGCGUAGAUCUUGCCAGUGUACUCCUAAAUCUAGCCGCUAUCGGCAUUGAAAAUUUGCAUUCCUUUCCAUGGCUAAGCCAGCCCUGUUCUAGCUGCAUCAGCUUUAGUCUCGAUCUCCUUUCCAGGCUCGGCGCUCUUCGCCAGCUAUCAUCGGAUGUUACGACCAUAUCAUUGAUACCAGAAAAUGCCUCUUCACAUUCUGGUCCCCAGGUGUCAGCAGCGCCAUUACGAUGCGGGCACAGUAUUGACUUUACAGUGAUCCCGACUCCAGUCAAGGUAGUCAUUUCUAGUAAUGUUAUUUAUGUAAAAGAGGGAAAGGAAAAUCACUUAGCUUAUUUUCCCUUAAAAUAUGUGUAA